CCUCUGCUCUGGAUCCAUUGCCAACCAACAACCCUCUUCUCCAAGCCCUUCACCACCGCCAGUCUGCUUCAGCACAGCCCACCAGCCAGCCGUAGCAGCAACUGCUCUCUCACACAACCACACAAGACCAUGGCUGCCUCAUCCAACUCGAGCAACGCGGGCACAGCGUCACCUCGCUGUGGCCGGCCGUUGACGACUUCAUAUGCCGACCUCAUGAAGCCCGACGAGGACUGGAGGAAUCUCCCUGAUGCCGCCGAACGCCGCAAGAUCCAGAACCGCCUCGCCCAACGCGCAUACCGCCGUAACAUGAGAGAUAGGACCAAGGAGGUGGAGAAGCUCAAGAAGCAGCUGCAAGAACUGCAAGGAACCCUCGGCCAGAACGGUAACACGACACCACCCCCCGACCAUGAUUCACCACCGGGAAGCAACAUGGCCAGCGGCCACAACACGCCACCAAUGAGCACAGCUGCGCCCUACAUGGCAACUUGGUCGCAACCGACCGGCCACGAAAACCUGAGCGGCCUCGGCCUGACUGGCGUCGAUGCGAGCUUCGAUCCGUCCUUCUUCGGCAGUGAUGUCAUGACUGGAAUGGUUACACCGCCGUCGUCUUCAGCUGGUUCUCGCCCGCGCGCAACCACAGCCUCGUCCGUCCUGCAAAACACCAUCCACGGUGCUCGCCACCUCCGCAGCAACAGCUCAGGAGCGAUGAUGGGCUCAAACUGCUCAAGUCCCAUGCCCAAUCAGUGGUCCGCUCCGACCUCAGAGCGCAGAGACUCGCUGACGAUCGGGUCCAUGUCUUCCACGUCGAGCCCGAUGCUUGCUGUUGCCGGUCAGGAGACUUUUGGAUUGAGCUGCAGCCCCGAAGACGUUUCGUUCAUGCAGGCGAGACCCAGCUUCUCCCUCGACGAGAGUCUCGGACAGGUCUCCUACCCGCCACCCCCUGAUGUUGGCGCUCAAGCAGCCUGGCAGGGCAUGGAUCCCAGGACGAUCUCGCAGCCCAACUUCACUCAUGGCGUUCCCAUGGCUGAGCUUCCCGACAUGACCCCAAACAUGCCCGAGACUUCUGCACCACUGCUGCACUUUGCCAUUGCCAGCGGAAGCCUCGACACUCUGCGGAUCUUGCUGCAACGCCACGAUGUCGACAUCCAGGCUCGCGACCAGGUCGGCUACACGCCUCUCCAGCGGGCAGUGGCUUGCGGCCGGACGGACAUGGUGCAGACGCUCCUCGACCAUGGAGCCACAAUUGACGGCGACCAUGUUCUACACGACGCCUUCCUGCCGUCCAAUUCCGACACGCAGUCGUAGACCAAACCCGCCUAGGCAGGCUAUACAUUCCACCACAGCCCCCUUCGUUGGCGUUUCUCCCUCUACCUUGCGAGGUGCAGUCUCGUCUUGCUUUCCAAUCGGGUUGUCUUUGAGCGAUUAACGCCUCACGAUUUCUUUUGUCUCAUGUUUGGGCCGAGCGUUUGGCGUUUCUGGAAUUCCCCAUUGGUCAGGUUGGCGGCGUUUCUCAAGUCCUGGCUUUGAACCUUUUUUUCUACAAUCCUCAUUGGGCGUCGUCCCCAGGCUGGGCAUUUAUGGAGUAUGGAGCGCGUGGUAUCCUGAACAGGCUGUGUGGCCACCAAGCGUGGCUUUUCUUUUUGCCCUUAUUUGCUGUACAAAUCUAGCCAUUGUUUCAAGAAUAACCAAAAUUUUACCCUCACUA